AUGCAGCGCCCGAAGCGAACGACGACAAGCGACGACGACGAGGUGGCCGAGGUCGCGCCGCUGGCGCCCGAGACCGAGCCGUCGCCCGCGCACCGCGAAGGCUCGGCGACAGGCAACGUCGUGACCAAGCUCAUCAGCGCGCUCUUCUUCGUCGCGGCCUGCUACGGCUUGGACGAAGUCCGCUUCUUGCACGUGCUGCUCUACGCGUCGCACGCGGACCGCCCAAUGGUCAACCUCGGCAUCUUCUUUUGCACACUUGUCGUGCUCCUUGGCUCGUACAUGGAGUACUACCGGUCGAGCUACCUCGGCGAGACGCUCACGUACGAGUCGGCCAAGACCACGACGCAUGGCAUGCUCGCGUCCAUGAUCCUUGCCGGCGUCAGCUUUUCGUUUGGGCUCUGGCCGGUCUGGGGCUGGCUCACGUGGCCCAUCCUGUUCAUGUGGCUCUGGGGCUUCAUCGUCCCGAUCGUGGUCGUGCUCCCGAAUUUUGCGCAGCGCGUCGUCUUUGGUGGCAUGUACCUCUACUUUAUGCACUCAUACCUCUCGACGUUCAUGCUCUAA